AUAAAAGAGUAGUUAUAGUAGAAUGUAACAGACCGCGGCGGCACUACAAGUACCAGCAUGUCCGGGGGUCGUAGUGUGAACAACUAAAGAGACACAGGUUUUAGAUUCCGGUGACAUAAUGAUGGCAACAAUGAACAAGGAGAAAAUACUCCAUGCCCUUAGAACAGCCGUGAACUAUUGUCAUAUUAUAGCUGCGGAAUUUCAGUGUGCAGCAUGGCGGUGUUGUUACUACUGCAGUCUGAUGGUGUCGUGCCUAUGUAGAUGUGACCAUCCCAGCCAGUUGUUGACCACAGAAAUGACAUGUCAUUCAUGAUGAGGACCUCCAUAUAAAUAGUUCUGUGGAGACGAGUUAUGGCUGGAAGAAAUCUUCAUGACAGCCUGGGCCAGAUGGAGAAGAAAAAGGAAAGUUACCAACUCCAGACGUCACCUGAUGUAACUGUUGCUGCUUGGGGAACACUAGGCACCAUCAAACCUCUUAAGAAUUUUGAACCAGAAGCUGAUGUGGACAGGAUUACUGAAAUACUGACAAACAAAGGCAAUGUGCAAACCAUCGUUGACAUUGUUACUAACCUCAACAAUGAUCAAAGACAAGAUCUGGCUCGACUGUACAAGGCAGAACUUCAGAAGGACUUGGAGGAGGACAUCAAGAAAGUUGUCUCAGGUGACCUCGAGAAGGUCAUUGUUGGGUUGCUGAAGGCUCCUGCUGCAUUUGAUGCCCAAGAACUAAAAUCAGCAAUGAAGGGUUUAGGUACUGAUGAAGAAACAUUGACGGAGAUACUGUCCACCAGAUCCAAUGAUCAUCUCAGAGAAAUUCAGACAUGUUACAGGCAAGAAUAUAAAGCUGAGCUGGAAAAGGACAUUACAUCAGACACCAAAGAACCGUACACCGGACUUCUCCUAGCAUUGGCCAAGGGCAAGAGAGAAAGGGAUUCUGGGAUAAUUGACUACAGCCUCAUUGAACAAGAUUCAAAGAUUCUGAAUGAUCUGGGACCUAAGAAUACCGCCAACAGUGCUCAGUGGAUCACAAUCCUGACGGAACGAAGCCAUGGACACCUUAGGAGAGUAUUUGAUCAUUUCAAGAAAUCAACAAAAGGGGAAAUAGAGGAAUGGAUUAAAAAGAAUUUUAAAGGCGACUUCCAGAAAGGACUUUUGACGUUAGUGGCUGUGAUUAAGAACACUCCGCUCUACUUUGCAGACAGACUGUACAAUGCAAUGAAGGGCCUCGGGACUGAUGACAGUACUCUUAGACGUAUCCUUGUUUCUCGCAGUGAGGUUGAUUUAUUGAGCAUCCGGGUGGCAUACAGAAGGAAAUAUGGAAAAUCCCUCUAUUCAAGCAUUCAGAGUGAUACCAAGGGGACUCAUCGCUCCGCAUUGCUCUUGUUGUGCAGAGCAGAAGAUAUAUAAAUUGUGUCGUCAUAGCGUUUCAUGAACAUGAGGACUAUGUGAUCUGACAUGAACAGUCAGCAGAAGAGAUGGCCGCCAUAUUUUUCUGACCUGGCUGUCCCCUCCGGCUGAGUGAAUGGUCACCCACCAUUUUGCUCACAUUUAUUGGAGGUCUUAAUAAAAGUAUCUUU